UUCAACUAAUCAGCCUAAGCUCGCCAGUUGGCCCUCUCACCAGUUCUAUCCCCAGCUCUACUCCCCUCUUGUCCACAUCCACCAUGCCGCCUAUUCCCGUCACCAUUCAUUCCCGCCCCAGCGCGUCUAAAAGCGUCAUGGGUCUCCAGUCAAAUUCUUCCAGUCACAACAGAUCUCUCACGACGAAUCGCUCAGCACCAAAGUACUACACUAUCACUACUACGACGACGACGACGACGAAUAUAUUCAACCUCACUCCCGCUCAACCUCCCGUGAUUGUCCUUCCGACUGCUUCCUCCUCCGGAUCAUCCUCGACCCCUUCACCCAUUCUGACCACUAUCACCAUCAAAUCGUCUUCUCAGCGUCGCAAAGCCAAAGUCUAUCGUCCUUCUACCAAUGUCGCUGUCGCAUCCCUCACUCCCCUUCUACAGCCCAUCGUCACGCGAUGUCUUCCGCUGAAACCCGACGUCUCCCCCGCUUCAUCACACACCGCCCUCCCCUCCCCUCCUCCGGUGACGAAAAGGGGAACCGUCGGUAAUUAUGCCUUUAAAAAAUCAUAUCGGCCUCCACCACCACCACCCUUGACCCAUAUUAUUCACCCUUACUCUCGUCGAUGGGACACGACGAAUGACCGAUCGCCCAACCCAUCGCCUAGAGAAGUCGCCAAAGCUCAGCGUUUAGAGUUGGAAAAAGUCAAAGUGCGGGAAGAAUCAGCGGCCAUUGCCAGAGCCGCAGCGGCGGCAAAGAGAAAACGAGGCAAGGCCAAAUCCACGACAAAGAAUAGCGCCCCAACCUCAAAGUCGGAAAGCCCACCGGACAAGACUGUAGCGUUGGAAGAUGGUGUCCCCGUCAUCACCAAUGAGCCAGCCUCUAGCAAGGGAUCUCCAACGCUCACUGCUCCCACACCAAGCGCAUCCACGAUUCCACCUCGCGCUGGGCUCAAACGUACUCGAUCCAUCGGACUCGGCAUUUCCACCACCGCGGCCAACAGUGCCAAUGGUCAAAUGGCCGUUGGAAGUCCUCUCAGAUCUGUCACUGGACCGAUCUCCCCAGAAGACGAAUCAAGAGACGCCAAACGGACCAGACUAGGCGAAUCUGAAUCCGGUCGAAUCUUCAGAAGGGGUAGCUCUGGUUCGCCAGUGGUCCCUACCCAAGGUCUCCCAGGUCCUUCCCUCAGGCGUGCAUCCGCCAAUGGCCUCACGAGCGAAGCGAUAGCCAUGAGGCGAGCUGUAUCCGCCACAACGUUGGCUCAACAGACCGUCAACGGAGGUCAAAGCAUGACCAGGACGGGAAGCGUGGGCUCCACAUCUAGUCUUGGAGAAGCUCUGGCCUCGGGAAGAGACAGAGCGAGACGAGAGGUGACUCUACCGGGGAGAUUGAGAGAUUACGAGAUGCGAGCGGGGACCGCAACAUAGCGUCGUCAUUGAUCGAGUAGCUUACCUAUACUGGGACACCACCCUAUACACAUAACCACAUUUCCAGGUCUCACUUCCACACGUUCCGAACUUUUACCGCAAUACUCCUCGCUUCCACCCUGUUGUUUCCUGUCUUACGAAUUGGUCUUCACACCAUACCACCCCUGUUUCUGUGGCACAUCGUCUAUACAUCUUAUACGUUCUAUUCUUUGUAUCUUGUUUUCUCUGCAUGAACUGGAGUUGAUUGCUUCGGCGACAC